AUGCAUAGCUAUCGUUUAUGUAAUUAUCUUUUACAUGCAUGGAGUUCAAUUUGCUUUCAGGUGUGUUCCACGUGGCGAGCAGUCUCCCGCUCGGAUCCUCUUUGGCACCGUCUCACUCGCAGGAUCUGGGGCCGCGCUAAUCUCCUACAUGACACAUGGCGAGAGGAGUAUAUCUACCGUCACGAAACAGCCCAAAACUUCCGAUCAGGAAGAGCAGUCCAUUUCACCCUCCACUUUGAUCCAGCUGAUGUGGAUGACCCGAACAACCCUGAUGCUCUAAUAUGUCGCUGUCUCGCCUUCUCCGAUCGCUACCUUGCAUGUGGUUUUGCAGACGGCGGUGUCCGCCUUUUUGAUCUCACCACGCGCCUCCAUGCGCGGACUUUCCGCCCUGAGCACCGUGACCGCCUGGGACGGUUCUCUCGUGCGGUCUCGGGCAUCGUUAUCACGGCUACGCGGUUAGUUUUUGCCACGUUAGAUGGAGACAUCCACGUGGCAGCAGUAAACAACAAUGCCAGUACACGUAGGGCCCGCUUAGGUAACGUGUUAAACGACGGGGCGUUAGUGGAUUUCACGGGCCGGGGGCGAUGGUGGGUGGGCCUCUACGCUGGCCUCCCGGGCCGGGCCUUUCGUGUUUGGGAUGGUAACACCGAAGAACCUCUUUUCGAAGGCGGGUCGUUGACUGACCCAGAAGCUGUAAUGGGUUGGCACACGUUGACCGAGUUGACUGAGUUUGUGGGCCGAGUCAGGGUCACGACUCAGGAAUCCGUCGUUGCAUGCACGAGUUCGAGACUGAUGGUUUUUGAUUUGAGGAACCUUGGGUUUAUAUUGAUGGAGGAAGACCACACUAACAGGAGAGGCAUAUUGGUGGGUGCCUUUGACGCGUGCAAUGAGGCGCAUGUUAUCGUAGAUGGUAGGGGCAAUGCUAGAGUCCGCCGGGUGGCAACCUUAGAGGAGGUGUGCAGUUUUACAGUGAGGCCCCCAAGGGGGGUGAUUGGAUGCAUGAAUGGCGGGUACGCACUAAUGUGCGCAGGGGGUGUUAUAAGGGUAUGGCAGAUAGAGCAGCAUGGGUGGCAAGAGUAUUUGUAUAGCUUUGGGGAGAGAAUAGGUGAGGUCAACGCUUUUGUUGCAGAUGAGAGACACGUAGCAGUAGCAGCAAGUGACACGACAAUACACUUGUGGGAUUUUGGGGCGUAG